CAAGAAUGUUAGCCCAUGCUGCAAGAUAUAGCUGUCGUGCCGCUUUGCGCCCCGCGCAAAAAUCUAAUCAGUUUUUCACGUAAUAUUGUGCCAUAUAGUGUAUUAUCCUCUAAUUUGUUAGCAAAAGUGCAGAUUAAUACUGCUGCAUCUGCACAUUCUGAUCACAAUCAUUCUAAAAUUUGGACUGCAGAAAGAUUCCUUUCUGCUGGAUUAGUUGGUCUUCUUCCUUUGUCGUUAGCAUAUCCUGCCCCUGCUCUUGAUUAUGCUCUCGCUGUAGCCUUGACUGCUCAUGUUCAUUGGGGGAUAGAAGCUAUAGCUGUUGACUACGUUCGACCAAGUAUAGUAGGAGCAACAUUAUCUAAGGCAGCUGUGGCAGUUGUGUAUUCAUUAUCAGUGUUCAUGUUAGGUGGAUUAUUUUACUUUAACUAUAAUGAUAUUGGAUUGUGCCAAGCAAUAAGAAUGUUGUGGAAGUUGUAACUUUUGUUAAAUGCUUUUAACCGGUUAUUAAAUUAGGUAAUAAAAACUCUUUGUUUUAAAUUUUAGUACAUAUACAGGGUAAAAUGUUUGUAGAGAAUCUCGGAAACUCACUGCUUAAACAUAUUUUGUUUUAUAACUAUGUACACAGCAUUUAUAGAAAAAGCAAUAAAAUAGUAACUGUGUGUUGCUCA